CACCUUGAGGGGCGGUCAGGGUGAAUAUUAGGCAGAGUGACACGGACGAGCGUCGCUGAGGUUUUAACCCCAACCACAGGAAAGCAAGAAGACAGAGAGACAAGAAGACGUUUCUCCUUUGUGAGAGUCAGUCUACAGGAUGGGUAAUAAUAAGAGCAGCGCUUUGUCAAAAGAACUCCUGCAGGAGCUGAAAUCCAACACAAAUUAUUCAGAGUCCGAGCUCUGCACCUGGUACCAGUCCUUCCUGAAGGAGUGUCCCAGCGGGAAGAUCAGCAAGCAGCAGUUUGAAGGCAUCUAUGCCAGCUUCUUCCCAAACGCAGACCCAACAACAUACGCACGGCACGUGUUCAGGAGUUUUGACACCAACGCAGAUGGCACUUUGGACUUUAAGGAAUACAUCGUCGCUCUGCACCUCACAUCCGGGGGAAAGACUAUGCAGAAGCUGGAGUGGGCCUUUGCCCUGUACGACGUGGACGGGAAUGGAACCAUCAGCAAAAAUGAAAUCCUAGAGAUUGUUAAGUCAAUAUUCAACAUGAUUCCUCCUGAAGACCAAAAGAACCUCCCAGAAGAUGAAAACAUGCCGGAGAAGAGGGCGGAAAAACUCUGGGAAUUCUUCGGGAAGAAGGAAGACGAUAAAAUCUCAGAGGGAGAAUUCAUUCAGGGUGUGAUGGACAACCAGGACAUCCUGCGGUUGAUACAAUACGAUGAGCCUCAGAAAAUCAAAGACAAGCUGAAAGAGAAGAAAAACUAAUAUUUGUCGUUUUAAGACUUUUUUUUUCUUCUUCUUCUGUUAACAUGCUCUGGCUUCAUUGUCCGCUUGACACACGUCUCUUUUUUUCUUUUUCCGAUUGAUUUAUUAUUUUUUUGCAACAAGCUGAACAUAGCAUUUCUGUCUUUGUAACCCAAUUAAAGAAUUGCAUUUCAGACCAGAUGCAGAGGAACUCUUGAAAUGGCAAUUUAAGACCCGAGUUUGACAUUUUGUGCAGUUACAGUGACAAUCUGUUUCAAAUUUGUAUUAAACAACGUUGUUAUACUUCCCUAAAAAGCCA